AUGUCGACAAGUAUCGAUAUAUCGAAAAGUAUCGAUAUAUCGAAAAGUAUCGAUAUCGAAAAGAACCGGAAAGAUAUCGAAAAGUACCGAAAAGAUAUCGAAAAGUACCGGAAAGAUAUCGAAAAGUACCGAAAAGAUAUCGAAAAGUACCGAAAAGAUAUCGAAAAGUACCGAAAAGAUAUCGAAAAGUACCGAAACGAUAUCGAAAAGUACCGAAAAGAUUUCGAAAAGUACCGAAAAGAUUUCGAAAAGUAUCGAAAAGAUAUCGAAAAGUAUCGAAAAGAUAUAGAUAAGUAUCGAAAAGAUAUCGAUAAGUAUCGAAAAGAUAUCGAUAAGUAUCGAAAAGAUAUCGAAAAGUAUCGAAAAGAUAUCGAAAAGUAUCGAAAAGAUAUCGAAAAGUAUCGAAAAGAUAUCGAAAAGUAUCGAAAAGAUAUCGAAAAGUAUCUAUAUAUAUCGAAAAUAUCGAUAUAUAAGUACCGAAAAGAUAUCGAAAAGUACCGAAAAGAUAUCGAAAAGUACCGAAAAGAUAUCGAAAAGUACCGAAAAGAUAUCGAAAAGUAUCGAAAAGAUAUCGAAAAAUAUCGAAAAGUACCGAAAAGAUAUCGAAAAGUACCGAAAAGAUAUCGAAAAGUACCGAAAAGAUAUCGAAAAGUACCGAAAAGAUAUCGAAAAGUACCGAAAAGUACCGAAAAGUACCGAAAAGAUAUCGAAAAGUACCGAAAAGAUAUCGACAAGUACCGGAAAGAUAUCGACAAGUACCGAAAAGAUAUCGACAAGUACCGAAAAGAUAUCGACAAGUACCGAAAAGAUAUCGAAAAGUCCCGAAAAGAUAUCGAAAAGUAUCGAAAAGAUAUCGAAAAGUAUCGAAAAGAUAUCGAAAAGUAUCGUAAAGAUAUCGAAAAGUAUCGAUAUAUCGAAAAGUACCGAAAAGAUAUCCAAAAGUAUCGAAAAGACAUCGAAAAGUACCGAAAAGAUAUCGAAAAGUACCGAAAAGAUAUCGAAAAGUACCGAAAAGAUAUCGAAAAGUACCGAAAAGAUAUCGAAAAGUAUCGAAAAGAUAUCGAAAAGUAUCGAAAAGAUAUCGAAAAGUAUCUAUAUAUAAUGAAAAUAUCGAUAUAUAAUGAAAAGUAUCGAAAAGAUAUCGAUAAGUAUCGAAACGAUAUUGAUAAGUAUCGAAAAGAUAUCGAUAAGUAUCGAAAAGAUAUAGAUAAGUAUCGAAAAGAUAUCGAUAAGUAUCGAAAAGAUAUCGAAAAGUAUCGAAAAGACAUCGAAAAGUAUCGAAAAGAUAUCGAAAAGAUAUCGAAAAGUAUCGAAAAGAUAUCGAAAAGAUUCGAAAAGAUAUCGAAAAUAUCGAUAUAUAAGUACCGAAAAGAUAUCGAAAAGUACCGAAAAGAUAUCGAAAAGUACCGAAAAGAUAUCGAAAAGUAUCGAAAAGAUAUCGAAAAGUAUCGAUAUAUCAAUAAGUAUCUAAAAGAUAUCGAAAAGUAUCGAAAAGAUAUCGAAAAGUAUCGAUAUAUCGAAAAGUAUCCAUAUAUCGAAAAAUAUAUCGAAAAGUACCGAUAUAUCGAAAAGUACCGAUAUAUCGAUAAGUACCGAUGUAUCGAAAAGUACCGAUAUAUCGAUAAGUACCGAUAUAUCGAUAAGUACCGAUAUAUCGAAAAGUAUCAAUAUAUCGAUAAGUACCGAUAUAUCGAUAAGUACCGAUAUAUCGAUAAGUACCGAUAUAUCGAAAAUACCGAUAUAUCGAAAAGUACCGGUAUAUCGAAAAGUACCGAUAUAUCGAUAAGUACCGAUAUAUCUAAAAGUACCGAUAUAUCGAAAAGUACCGAUAUAUCGAAAAGUACCGAUAUAUCGAAAAGUACCGAUAUAUCGAAAAGUACCGAUACAUCGAAAAGUACCGAUAUAUCGAAAAGUACCGAUAUAUCGAUAAGUACCGAUAUAUCGAAAAAUAUCGAUAAGUACCGAAAAGAUAUCGAAAAGUACCGAAAAGAUAUCGAAAAGUACCGAAAAGAAAUCGAAAAGUACCGAAAAGAUAUCGAAAAGUACCGAAAAGAUAUCGAAAAGUAUCGAAAAGAUAUCGAAAAGUAUCGAAAAGAUAUCGAAAAGUAUCGAUAUAUAUCGAAAAGUAUCGAUAUAUAUCGAAAAGUAUCUAUAUAUAAGGAAAAGUAUCGAUAUAUAAUGAAAAGUAUCGAGAUAUCGAUAAGUAUCGGUAUAUCGAUAAGUAUCGAUAUAUCGAUAAGUAUCGAUAAAUCGAUAAGUAUCGAUAUAUCGAAAAGUGUCGAUAUAUCGAUAAGUAUCGAUAUAUCGAUAAGUAUCGAUAAGUAUCGAUAUAUCGAUAAGUAUCGAUAUAUCGAUAAAUAUCGAUACAUCGAUAAGUAUCGAUAUAUCGGUAAGUAUCGAUAUAUCGAUAAGUGUCGGUAUAUCUAUAAGUAUCGAUAUAUCGAAAAGUACCGAUAUAUCGAUAAGUACCGAUAUAUCGAAAAGUACCGAAAAGAUAUCGAAAAGUACCGAAAAGAUAUCGAAAAGUAUCGAAAAGAUAUCGAAAAGUACCGAAAAGAUAUCGAAAAGUACCGAAAAGAUAUCGAAAAGUACCGAAGAGAUAUCCAAAAGUACCGAAAAGAUAUCGAAAAGUACCGAAAAGAUAUCGAAAAGUACCGAAAAGAUAUCGAAAAGUACCGAAAAGAUAUCGAAAAGUAUCGAAAAGAUAUCGAAAAGUAUCGAAAAGAUAUCGAAAAGUAUCGAAAAGAUUUCGAAAAGCAUCGAAAAGAUAUCGAAAAGUAUCGAAAAGAUAUCGAAAAGUAUCGAAAAGAUAUCGAAAAGUAUCUAUAUAUAAUGAAAAUAUCGAUAUAUAAUGAAAAGUAUCGAAAAGAUAUCGAUAAGUAUCGAAAAGAUAUCGAUAAGUAUCGAAAAGAUAUCGAUAAGUAUCGAAAAGAUAUAGAUAAGUAUCGAAAAGAUAUCGAUAAGUAUCGAAAAGAUAUCGAAAAGUAUCGAAAAGACAUCGAAAAGUAUCGAAAACACAUCGAAAAGUAUCGAAAAGAUAUCGAAAAGUAUCGAAAAGAUAUCGAAAAGUAUCGAAAAGAUAUCGAAAAGUAUCUAUAUAUAUCGAAAAAAAAAAAGGUGGCAGACUUAAGAUCGGACGUCGGACGUGAUAGGCCGUCAGAUAAAAAGGUUAUUAUAUCUGAACAAUUGGAAUUGCCUUCACCUAGCACACCAGCUAAAAAAGACGACGCCAACGAACUGGAUAAUCAAGCAGGCGAGGUUUCAGCGAAGUGUAACAAUGAACUGCCGCCUAAGAAUCACAAAGUUAUUGGACCUAAUUGUUCUAAUCUUGGGUGCUCUUGGAUGACAACUGACAACACCUACUCCUCAUUUCAUAUUUCACCGGAAAUUCGGAUGCCCUUGCCAAAAGUUAACGAAAGCAUGAAAAGGGCGAAACGGAUAAGGGGAAAACCGAUGUUUUAA